AUGCCCACGCACCUUGACGCGUCCGGCCCUCGUCACAUCAACAAUCAUCACAUGACUGGUAAGUUGUGCCUUCCUCUUCUGACUUCCUUCCUACACUUCAACUUACAUCAUCUCAAGACACAUCACCCACAUGACAAUAUGCUCCUUGCAUCUUGGCCUUCUACUUGGCCCCUCUGUUUUACCAUUCAUCGUCGCCGACUUCAUGCGACUCAUGCAUCCGGCCUUCACUAUGCUGCCUCACAUCACCUCGCCGCCUCCGUCACAUCAUCAUGGUUGACUGACCAAUCAAACACACAACAACAUGCUACUUCUAUGCUUCCCUUGCAACGUGCCUUGCACCUUGCUGUCCAUCGUCGCCUACCUCAUGCGACUCAAACAUCCGGUCUUUACCAUGCUGCCUUCCAUAACAUCUAUGGAUUACUUGUAAGUCUUGCCUUCCUUCUUUACUUAAACAUACUUACAUCCUCUCAAGCCAUACCAACCACACAACAACAUGCUUCUUUCGUCUUUGCCUUCUACUUUAUCUUCUACUUUACCAUUCAUCGUCGCCCAUCAAACUUCAACGUCAACAUCCACAACAUCAACAACCACAACUUCAAUAUCCACAACCUCUUCAACAUUCACAACUUCAACAUCAACAUCCAAAACUUCAACAUCCACAACAUCAACAUCCACAACUUCAAUAUCCACAACCUCUUCAACAUUCACAACUUCAACAUCAACAUCCACAACUUCAACAUCCACAACCUCUUCAACAUUCACAACAUCAACAUCCACAACUUCAACAUCCACAACAUCCACAACUUCAUCAACAUCCACAACACUUGGGACUGGAUCCCUGGUUCAGUCCCAGCUAUUUUCCACAACUGUUUUGUUGGCCAUCUCCACGUCAAGGGAUAUAUCCCAUCGCCAUGUCCGUUCGUCCCAGAAGAGCUCAUGAUCAACCCAUCUCCCACCUCCCACCCACCUCGCUUUCGACAACUCCCUGUCCAGUGCGGAUUCCAGCCCAGCGAGUUUCCGGCACCCCAUUUCCUACCCCGGGUAGGGUUGAGAACUACGCCUCUCUCUGUGCGGGCCUUGAGUGAGCCGGCCGGAUGA